GAGGCUGGAAAGUACAAGAUCAAGGCACUGGCAGAUUUGGAGUCUGCCCUGCCUUAGACAAGAUGCCACUGCCACUACUACCCCAAAGCUCCAAACCUGAAACGAAGAAAUUUCAGUCUGGAAAAAUUGUACCCUGUGAUCAUGACCACUCCAACAAGAAGGGAGAGAAUCACCAAGCAAAAAUAUCUCCAUUUUCACCUCAAGGGAUGGUCAAAAAGAGAUCAGCUUUUGAAGAUAUUACCAAUGCUUCUCAAAGUCAACUUGCAAAGUCCAAGAAGGAAGUCAGUAAGGAGAUUGUAAAAGAUGUUUCCAAGAAUAUAAACAAGAACAGACGUGCUUAUGGAUUAGCUAAAAACAAGGAGAUAAAAAUGAAUAGGUCUAAGUUGGAAAUCUCACCAGUAACAGCUUCUGCCAAUGUUGUGCCAAAUAUUAUGGAGAAACCUCUCAUUAUGGACAUAUCCACCAACUUCAAAACACCAACUACUAAAGAGGCAUCUCUCUUCAACAAGUCAUUAGUUUUAGAAGAGGAAACUGCUACUGAGGAGAUAACCAUCAAUAAGCCAUCAUUGAAGAAGUGCACAAAUCAUGGGGACAUGUCCCUAUCGAAGAAGUCAUUAUCCUUGCUGGAGCAGAAUGACAAUAAUGAUGAGUUUGUAAUAGAGACAGUGACUUUGGGGAAGACACAUAAACUUGAGGAGGCUGCCAUCAGUGAGAAGAUCUUAUCCUUAAAGAAGAAGAAGUGCACAUAUCAGAGGAAGAAAUCUUGUUGGGAGGAGUUGUGGACUUCCCAGGACAGUGAUAAUGAAGAAGAUUCCUUCCUUAUGGAGCCAGUGAGUUUUAGGAAGAAGCCUAAAACUGAGGAGUCAUCUCCCAAUAAGAAGCAAUUACCCUUAAAAGAGCAGCAGCAUGACACUACAGGGAUGAUCUCCCAUGUGAUGAAGCCACUAGUUUUACAGGUCACCACUGAAGAGAAGUCACUCACUAAGGAGCCACUGACCUUUAAGAGAAAACCUACUUCUGAGAAGGUGUCCCUUUUCUGGAAGCCAUCUGCGCUGCAAGAAAAGCAUGCCAGUGAACCAGAGGUGUCCAUUUCGAAGACAUCAUUGACCUUGUGGGAGAAGAUAGACUUGGAAGAAGAUUCCCUUUUCAAGGAGUCAUCAGCUUUUCAGGAGAAGCUUACCACUGAGGAGACAGUUAUCACUAAAAGGCCAUUUUUAAAGAGGAAAUGCAUUACUCAGGGAAAGUUGUCCUAUGUGAAGAAACCAGUAGUAUUGCAGAAGGUCACCUCUGGAGAGAAGUCACUCAUUAUAAAGCCAUCAUCAUUUAUAAAGAUGUCUACCACUGAACAGGAAUCUCUCUCCCAGGAACCAUCUAUGUUACAAGAAAAGCAUACUACUCAAGAGGCUGUGGGCCUCUUGAAGACACCAUGGGCAUUGCAGGAGAAUAUGAAUAAUGAAGAUAAUUCUUCCAUGGAGCUAGUUUCUUACAUUAAUAAGAAACAUACUAUCGGAGAGACAACAUACACAAAGAAGCCAUCACCUUUGAAUAAGAAGUUUAAUACUCCAGAGAUGAUCUCCUGCUUGAAGCCUCAGAUGGUCACCUUGGGGAAGAAGAAGUCACUCACUAAGGAGCCAUUGAUUCCACAAAAGGCCCCCACUGAGGAGGAAUCACUUCUUGAGGAGGCUGUAAGUUUCCCAAAGCAACAUGCCAUUGAGGAGGCUACCCCUGCCAAGAAGACUUUACCUUUAAAGAAGCAGCCGCCCAUAACUCAAGGGACAGUGUCCCACUUGAAGAAGCCACUAGUAUUGAAAACGGUUACUUCUGAGGAGAAGUCACUGGUUAAGCAACCAUUGUCCUUUAAAGAAGAAAAUGUACUUGUAGGGAACAAAAAGUGUACCACUUACUCAGUUUCCCUCCGGAAAGAACGGUCAGACGGGCAGGAUAUGAUUGAUAAAGAAAAUAAUUCCAUUGUUCUUAAGCCAGUGUCAUCUAGCAAAAAGGUAACAACCAAUGAGACAGUCCUUUCCAAGAUACCAUUGUCUUUAAAGAAGAAGCAGACCCCUCAGGGGAAGGUGUUCCUUGUAAAGACGCCAUUGGUCUUACAGAAGACUACAUCUGAAGUGCCAUCACUGUGUAGGAAGCUGUUGCCCUUUAAGAAGAAGCCUACAACCGAAGAGAAGUUCUCCAAGGAGCCAUUUGCACUGAAAGAGAAACACACCACUCAGCAGGAGGGGUGUCUCUCAGAGCAGCCAUUGUCCUUUCAGGAGAAGAUUACCACUGAAGAAGAAUCAUAUAGUAAGGAUCCAAUGAUUUUGAGUGAGAAGCCUAUCACUGAGCCACUUUCUUUGCAUGUUAAACCUACCAGUGAAGAUGAUUCCCGUUUACAGAAGGCUUUGGUCUUACAAGAGAAGACCAAUACCAAAGAGGACUCCCCAGCAAACCUGUUGGCUUUGCAGGAGAAGAACAUCACUGAAGAGAAGUCCCUUUUCGAUAAGCUCUUUGAUUUGGAGAAAGAGCCCUCCACUGAGACAGCACCAAGCAUAGAGGGGCAAUUAUCUUUAAUGAAGCCUGAUGCUCAGGGGCAGUUGGCUUUGCAUGAGAAUAUUACCAGUGAUGAGAAGUUCCUUAUUAAGCAACCACUGGUCUUGCAGGAGUUUCUGAACAUAGAGAAGGAAGCCUUUUUGGAGGAGCCCUUGAUUGUACAGGAGAAACCCAGCGUUGAGAAGGAGACUGUACUCAAGAAACCAUUGAUCUUACAGAGGAAUUACACCACUAAGAAGCAGGCUGUUCUCAAGGAGCACACCACUAACACAGGGGCUCACUUCAAGGAAUCUUUGGUUUUACAAGAGAAACCCAGCAUUGAGAAGGAUGCCAUUCUCAAGGGGCCCAUGACUUUGCAACAGAAACCCACAGUUGGCGGGGGAGGCCUCUUCAUGGAGCCUUUGGCUUCACAGGAGAAUCCCAGCCCUGAGAUGGAGGCUACCCUGAAGGAACUCUGGGCCUUGCAGGAGAAGCUCAAUAUUCAGAAGGUGGCCAUACCUAAAGAGCCAUUAGCCAUUCAAGAGAAGGCCAAGGAGGAAAAGGAAGAUCUCUUAAAGGAGCCAUUAGCCUUGCAAGAGAAAACUACCACAAAUGAGAUAUUCCUUUUCAAGGAGAUAUUAGACCUGGAUGAGAAACCUACCACUGGGAAGGAGCUCUCCUUUAAAGAUCCCUUGGCUUUGGAAGAAAAUUCUACCCACAAGGAAGACACUUUUUCCAAAACAUUCUUGACCUUUGAAGUUAAGAACAACCCACAUGUAUCCAGCACUGCCCUUGAAUCCAGAACAGAUAAGUCCAGUUCUGCCAACACGUGCAAUGCAGGGUCCAGUACCACCAGCCAAUCCAGUGCAUGUGAACCUGAUUCCAAAAGAACUUUCUCAUCUCAGAGUGGGAACACAUACAAGGAGAUGACCAUACCAGAAGAUGUUGACAAGGACCUCAGUGAUCCAAGUUUCAAUUCGAUAUAUGUCAAGGAUAUCUUCAAUUACAUGAAAAAGAGAGAGGAAAAGUUCAUACUUAUUAAAUACAUGGACAGGCAGACUGACAUCAACAGUGAUAUGAGGGCCAUUCUUAUCGACUGGCUGGUGGAGGUACAGAUGACCUUUGAGAUGUGUCAUGAGACCUUGUACUUGGCAGUGAAGCUGGUGGAUCACUACCUAAUGAAGGAAGCAUGCAAGAAAGACAAGCUACAACUCCUUGGUUCAACUGCCUUUCUGAUUGCAGCAAAAUUUGAGGAACCCAAUCCUCCUUGUGUGGAUGACUUCCUGUACAUCUGUGAUGAUAUUUACAAGCGAGACGAACUACUUGCCAUGGAAAUCGGUAUCCUGCAAGCCCUCAAUUUUGACAUCAACAUUCCCAUCGCCUAUCAUUUUCUGCGCAGAUAUGCUAGGUGUGUCCGUGCCAGCAUGAAAACACUGACCUUAUCCCGCUUCAUCUGUGAGAUGACCCUGCAGGAAUAUGACUACAUCCAGGAGAGGGCUUCCAAGCUAGCUGCUGGCGCCUUCCUCCUGGCCCUUUACAUGAAGAAGCUUGGACACUGUGUUCCUAUCCUGGAGUAUUACAGUGGCUACAAGUCCAUUGAGCUCCACCCCCUGGUCAGGCGACUAAACUUCAUGCUGACUUUCAGUUCUUACAAUAGACUGAAGACUGUGUAUUCCAAGUAUUCUCACCAGGUCUUCUUCGAAGUCACCAAAAUCCCACCCUUGGACUUGUUGAAGCUGGAGGAGAUUUUGAGCUCUUAAUUAUGAGACUGAGGAUCUGGCACUUUGGCAAAAGCCAUGAGGGCUGAGAAACCAUGAAAAUAGGCUGUAUUUAUUAUGUGCUUGAGUUUGUCUUUUGGUUACUUUUCUUCAUCCUUUUCUUCUCUUCGUUUGUCUUUUUCCAAACUGAUGUUUUAAAUGUUUAAGUUGUUUUUAUGAAAGAGAAGAAAUUAUUGUUAUGUUUGACAAAAAACUUAAUAAAAAAUUAAUGGUUAUUGUUGAAAUAGCUUACCCCCCCUCUUAUGGCUCAGGUGCUCCAAGCAAAGCCCAAGAAAUUUUCUUUCCUUUCUAGUAAAUGCUGUGCCUCAGCGUCUAGCUUAAUCAGUUUCUUUCUGUCUUAGGAAGUUUUCUUCUCAUGUGAAAAGGAAUUGUGAACAGA